CAACAAAGCGCCAACUCUUUCAACCACCUCGAUAGCUUGCAAGACAACAUAAAACUGAAAUAUUGACGUUUUAGGCCAUGUAAAUGUGCAUUAGCUAAUCGCAGUGUAUAAAACACAUUUCAGUUGACGUUAGCUUGAACCUCAUUUGCUUGUUCAAGUUGCAAAUUUGGUAAAGAUUGAUUCUGAGCCUAGCACUAGGCUAUUCGCUAAUGCUAACUAGCGAGCUAACAUCCCUGACCAUGAGCUCAUUAAACUACUCAUACCAUGCUGAAGAAGAGGAUGUCUGCUGUCCGGAGAAAGAAGCUCUGGCGCUGAACAUUGUCGUGAAAGACGAAGAGGAGGAUAUUACAGUGGAAGGAGAGAAAGAUGCUCUGGCGCUGAACAUUGUCGUGAAAGACGAAGAGGAGGAGGAUAUUACAGUGAAAGUAGAGAAAGAACCUUUCAGAAUGGAAGAGGAGGAAGAAGAGGCUGUUAUAGGGAAAGAAGAGAAAGCAUCCUCUUCCUCUCUAACAGGUUCUAUCUCAGUAAAGGUGAAGGAGGAAGAGGUUUUGGGAGUGAAAGAGGAGGAGACAGAAUAUCAGAUUAACACCAGAGAGAGACAUGACUAUCGUGGAUCCUCUGGGGAGCCUCAACAACAUCCUGAUGCUGACGAGACAGAGAAGAGUCUCUCCAGAUCAGAACACAAGAUGGACAACACUAGCCCUUCCUCCCUCCCGGAGUCCCUGUAUCGUGCCUCUCCCGGUAGCACCUUACUGCUGGGUAUGAAGAGGUUGUCUGUGCUGCUGGUGGACUGCAGGAAAACAAUGGGGCUCAGUGGAACUUUGAGAGGAGGAGAAGAGAAGAAAGGAUCAGAUUUGACACAUCAAAGAGGAAAACCAAACUUGGAGGAACCAAAGACCUCCACAACAUCAAGACGACACCUCUGCUCCCAGAUCAAGUUAGGAAGCCUGAAAAGACCUGAGAGGACGCACACAGGAGAGAAGCCGUACCAUUGCACCCAGUGUGGAAAUAGUUUUAGCCGGUUAGGAAGCCUUAAAGCUCAUGAGCGAAUACACACGGGAGAGAAGCCAUACCAUUGCGGCCAGUGUGGAAAGAGUUUUAGCCUGUUAGGAAGCCUGAAAGCUCAUGAGCGAAUACACUCAGGAGAGAAGCCAUACACUUGCGGCCAGUGUGGAAAUAGUUUUAACCAGUUAGGAAACAUGAAAAGACAUGGGAGGAUACACACAGGGGAGAAGCCAUACCACUGCUCCCAGUGUGGAAAGAGUUUUACGGCGUUAGUUAAGCUGGAAGCUCAUGAGCGAAUUCACACAGGGGAGAAGCCUUACUACUGUUCCAAUUGUGGAAAGAGUUUUAACCAUUUAGUUAACAUGAAAAGACAUGAGAGAAUACACACAGGAGCGAAGCCUCACCAUUGCUCCCAGUGUGGAAAGAGUUUUAAGCGGUUAGACACCCUCAAAGAUCAUUUGCGAAUACACACAGGGGAGAAGCCUUUCCGUUGCGCCCAGUGUGGAAAGAGUUUUAGCCGAUCAGGAAGCCUGAAAGAGCAUGAGCGAAUUCACACAGGGAGAAAUCUUACCACUGAUCCCAGCGUGCAAUGCGUUUUUACCCAAUUAGGACACCUGAAAGAAGACAUGAGACCGCACACGGGGGAGAAGCCUGACAAAUGUUCAGACUGGGGAGAAGGCAUUUUACUCAUAGGUAGCGUAAAAAACAUGUGCGUAUCCACACAGGAGAGAAUAAUGACUUCUCCUUGUGUGUAAAUGUAUAUUUCACAUCACAUUGACUUAAAAUUCAUCAGAGAACAUACACAGUGCUCCCAAUUGUCUUAUAUUGUUGACUGAGAAUGUGUUUACUUGUUUAUACCACAUGAAAUUGAAUGGUACAAAGUAUACUCAAAAAUAUAUUUGUGUGUUUUUAUUAGAAAAUAUGAAUUGAAUAUUGUCGUGUCUUUGCCAUCAUUAAAAGUGAAGACUUAUUUUAUUAAGUCAAUUCUCUGUAA